AUGGGUGAGCAGGAAUCUACGAAGGUUAAGGGACAACAGGAGUCAAAGCGUGCUUGGAAGCGGCCGCCCGCGCACGCCGGGCCGUGGCUCGUGUCUCUGCACGUGGCUGCGUCCUGGCCCGCGGGCGCCCUGGAGCCACCGGGGUCGGUGGCGGAGGCGGUGUCGUGCCUGACCAUCGCGGACGCGUUCGUCGCGGCUGGUGAGAGCCCGGCCCCGCCCCCGCCGCGCCCGGCACUGCCGCGCAGGUUCAUCUGCUCCUUCCGCGACUGCGGCGCCAAUUACAACAAGGCCUGGAAGCUCGAGGCGCACCUGUGCAAGCACACGGGGGAGCGGCCGUUUGCUUGUGACUACCAGGGCUGUGGCAAGGCCUUCGUCAGAGACUACCAUCUGAGUCGGCACGUCCUGACUCAUACUGGAGAGAAGCCGUUUGUAUAUUUAGUAAAUGAAAAAUCGAGCUGGGAAAACACAGCAUGGAAACGCAUUAGGUGGAAAGCAGUUCUUUGGAAAAUCCUUGGCUUAGCGUGUCAGGGUCUUGUGGACAGUAAGCUGCUGGAUAGGAGUUGUACAGCUAAUGGUUGUGAUCAAAAGUUCAACACCAAAUCAAACCUGAAGAAACAUUUUGAACGCAAACAUGAAAAUCAGCAAAAACAAUAUGUAUGCAGUGUUGAAGGUUGCCAGAAGGCCUUUAAGAAACACCAGCAGCUGAAAAUCCACCAGUGCCAGCACCGCAGGGAGCCGCCGUUCAGGUGUGCCCAGGAGGGAUGUGGGAAGCCGUUUGCCUCACCCAGCAGACUGAAGCGACACGAGAAGGUCCACAAGGGCUAUAUCUGUCAAAAGGGAUGUUCUUUUGUGGCCAAAACAUGGACAGAACUUCUGAAACACAUGAGAGAAACCCAUAAAGAGGAAAUAACGUGUGAAGUAUGCCAGAAAACAUUUAAGCGCAAAGAUUACCUUAAGCAGCACAUGAAAACUCACGCCCCAGAAAGGGCUGUGUGUCGAUGUCCAAGAGAAGGCUGCGGUCGAACCUACACGACUGUGUUCAACCUCCAGAGCCAUAUUCUCUCCUUCCAUGAGGAACAGCGCCCAUUCGUAUGUGAACACGCCGGCUGUGGCAAAACGUUUGCCAUGAAACAAAGUCUCACUAGGCAUGCCGUUGUGCACGAUCCAGACAAGAAGAAAAUGAAGCUCAAAGCAAAACCAUCGCGCAGGAAGCGGAGUCUGGCCUCUCACCUCAGUGGAUAUAUCCCUCCCAAAAAGACGCAAGAGCAGGGCUCGUCCUCGGCUGCAAAUGGAGAGGUGGAGAGCUGCGCGGAAGACGGAGCGCUCUCCACGGCUGCAGUACUGGCCGUCCGCUAGGGGCACACGGCCUUGGCAAAGGACUGCAGACCAGGGAGAGACAGAGCCUGUUUUUCUUUAUUAAAAUCAUGGGUGUACCA